GUUAAAUAUAAUUUUCCACCCAGGGUUAUCUUAGUGGAAGAAGAGAUCCUGCAUUAACUGCAGCUAGAUUAACGGGUUACAGACAUGUCUGAUGAGAAGGACACGCCAUUAUUCAAUGCUGAAUCGUUGGAUCAUUCACCGAAAGGCGAAAUUUCCAAGACAGCAGAGACCUUCGUUUCUCCGAUGAGCAGGAACAAGAUCUUCAAGAAUGUGGCAGUCCUCAGUAUCGCAUUCCUGUUUAUGUUCACAGCCUUCAACUGCAUCUCAAAUCUGCAGUCGAGCCUCAACAAGGAAAAAGGAGUUGGAUCUGGCAGCAUCGCCAUCAUAUACGCCGCCCUCGUCGCAUCCUGUAUGUUCUUGGCACCGAUCAUGGUCGCCAAGCUCGGCUGCAAGUGGACGAUCCCAAUAUCCAUGGUAGGGUACGUCCUGUAUAUGGCUGCCAAUUUCUACGCGGUCUGGGAGCUCAUGGGUCCAGCGGCCGUGUUCAUUGGUCUUGGUGCUGCUCCCCUGUGGUCUGCCAAAUGCACGUAUCUCACUCAGAUAGGUGUGUGGUAUUCUAAAAUGACGGGAAUGUCCGAAGACGCCAUCAUCAAUAGGUUCUUCGGAAUCUUCUUCAUGACGUUCCAGACCACCCAAAUAUGGGGAAAUCUUAUUUCAUCUGAAGUAUUUAGCCAGCGGCCAGAAAAUUCUUCCAGUUUUCCCAACAAGUCAAAAGAGGAGUUGGCGUUAUGCGGUGCGAACUACUGUCCCCAGAAAGGAAAUGAGACUCUAAGACCUCCCGACGAAAAGGUCUAUAUCGUCUGUGGCAUCACAACCGGAUUUGCUAUUCUCGCGAUUAUUUUCGUCAGUCUCUUCCUGGACAAGAUUGUGCUGGACAAGCAGCAGGGUAAAUCGAGGAAGAUCUCCUUCCGUCUGCUGGUCGCCACGUUCUCCCAGCUCUUCAAAAACCACUCGCAGAAGCUGCUGGUGCCGCUCACUAUCUAUAGUGGCGUCGAGCAAGGCUUUAUUGGUGGAACCUUCACACGGGCGUACGUGACCUGCUCUCUCGGCAUCUGGAACAUCGGAUACGUGAUGAUCGUUUACGGAAUCACGGACGCCAUCUGUUCCUUCAGCUUUGGACGGCUUGUGCAGUAUGUGGGACACAUUCCUUUCUUUGUUCUCGCGUUCCUACUGCACGGUGGAUGUCUGAUAACAUUUCUUCUGUGGGGUCCAAAUCCCGACCACCUAGCAGUGUUUUACGUCGUAGCGGCGCUGUGGGGAAUGGGAGAUGCUGUUAUCCAAACACAAAUUAACGCACUUUACGGAUGUUUAUUCACGAAAAAUACCGAAGCAGCUUUCGCCAAUUAUCGGCUGUGGGAGUCUCUGGGAUUUCUGAUUACGUAUGCGUAUAAUGACUAUCUGUGUGCAAACGUAAAGCUCUACAUCUGUAUUGUUUUCCUGGUGGUGGGGGUAGUGUGCUACAGCCUCGUCGAGAUUAUGGAGAGAAGGCGAAAACUUUCAAAAGAGACAGUGACUGUCGUAGAGACAGUCGUUAAAACCUAAAUAUAAUUUUAUCACAGGCAAGGGCGUAGGCUAGGGGGGUUCGGACGACCCCCCCCCCCCUCCCCCGAAACAAAUGGUUCGCUUUCAGAACUAAAACAUACAGGUUUAUACAUAUUAUACAUGUGGAGUUUUUGGUGGUGCAAAAACAAAAUAGAAAAAGGUCCACUUGGUUCAUAUUCGACCCCCCCCCCCCCCAGGGCCAGAUUACGCUACGCCCCUGCACAGAAAAUAAUAUUACAGUGUAUACGGAAUCACUGUAGGCUUGCUAACAACAGACAUUCAGACAGGCAGAGUUUAAGACCAUAUACAAAUAGAACAUGAAAUAAACAGAGACAGUGUA